AUGUGGCUUACAUUCAUAUUUAAGAUUAUGAUAUCGGUGGUAUUUAUUAAAGCAGUGGCUAUUACUAGAGAUGAUCCUAUUCCAUCACAACAUCUAUAUAAACGAAUGGGGUAUAUCACUAAUGGGUUUAGUCCAGUUGAUGUUCCUCCUAUGCCGUAUCCUCCAAAUAUAGGUCCCAAUUAUCCAUACGUAUACCUGACUCCUGGUCAAUGGUUUAGAAAUCUUGGGUAUAGAAUUAGAGAUAAAUUCGAACGUGCGGUUGACUCGGAUUGGAUAUAUCGAACCAAGGAAUGGUUCAAAAGACAAGGCCGUAAAAUUUUAUCUCUUGGUCGACCAUGUCCUGAAUGCUACUACUGA